AUGAAGGUAGAGUAUCACAAUUCUUACAACCUUCUAACUACCAACACCACAGCUUCAUCAGCUAUACCUGAAAUCAAUAUGAACAAACUAUUUGCCGUCGUUCUCUGUUUGGCCUUCGCCUCCAUGACCUUGGCUGGUAACCCCUUGAUGAUGGGUGGUUUAGGAAUGAUGAACCCCUACAUGAUGGGUAUGGGCGGUUUAGGUAUGAUGAGUAUGAUGAACCCCUACAUGAUGGGUAUGGGAGGUUUAGGUAUGAUGGGAAUGAUGAACCCCUACAUGAUGGGUAUGGGAGGUUUAGGUAUGAUGGGCGGUUACGGUAUGAUGGGCGGUCUUGGUAUGAUGGGUGGACUUGGUAUGAUGACCGGAUACAAGAAAUAAGAUGGUUACUGGUUAUUGGAAAGAUUUACUUUUGUUUGCUGUAUCGAUUGAUUGAACUUAUUCUAUACAAUAUGUACGAGUAAAUAAUUGUUUUAAAUAAAUAAAUAAAUAUAUAGUUAUUUUUUA